CGCCAUGAUGUUCACUUCCGGUUACCAUAGUUCGAGAUUUCAUCAUUAACAUUCUUUUACAAUUAAUUGCAUCCCUUUAUUUAUCUCAAUUAUAGAAUGCCACUUCACGCAGAUUUAAUAAGCAAAAGAUCCAGACAUCAAGAGAAUGGAGAAGUUGGAUGAAAUAAAAGAGAAAGUUGAUCCUCCAGCAACAAUGGAGGAAAUUCGCCUGAAACGUCUGGUCUACUUUCAAAAUCUUCAGCCAAAUUCUUCUUCUGACACUAAAGAGCUAACUGUUUCUUGUGAUACAAAACCAAAAGAAGCCAGUGACAUUUUGCCUUCCUUUUCAAGGGUAAAACAGACAAAACAAAAGACUAAACUUAACACUGCACAAAAUUUUAGUAAAAAAGAAGAUGCAUAUGAAACUAGAAACAGUAAAUCAGACAGUCAUAUUACAGGUUUGAAGAAAAGUUCUAGUCCUGACAAGAUUACACACAUUACUGUAAAACAGACUUUUACGAAAGUGAUAGAAGAGGUUCCUUGGCAGGUUCAUCUGAGGACAGCUUUGAGGAUGAUGUAAAUCCAGGAGUCUUAACUAAGGUCUCUAAGCUGUCUGAGUCGGAUGGCUUACCUCAGUUUUCUGUCCAUAGAUCAGUUCAUGCUACCAAGCUUUCUGCAACAAAGUGGAUGAGUAGUGAGGAUGUACGGCAUGAACAAUGUGAUAAACAUUCACAGAGCAUCAGAAAUUCUGGAGAAAAUAAAAUUGAAAGCUUAUUUAGUAGCCGCAGGUGGACAUCUGCUUGUGAAGUUAAUACUUCUUCUCUUAAUGAUUCAGUUGAAGUGGAUAAAGUUUCUGCCUUCAGUAGUACUGUGGACUUUGAUGAUCUCGGUCUUUCAACUCAUCGUCCAGAAAGCAAUGUUAAUGCUGAAAACGUGCAGUUACAGAAGCAGUCAAUUUCGCUGGAAAACGUGCUUUCUGGUCAAAAGGCAGAAGAGCUGAAAGAUUUAUUGGGAGAGGAGAAAUACAGAGAGUUUGUUCAAAAAUCAGAAAAAGAUCUUAAUAUGCUUCAUUGUCAGCAGUCACUUGAGUCACCUCUUUUGUCUUCAGGCUACAGUGGUGAAAGAAAGGGUGAAAGAGCAAGCAGAAAAUCUAUAAUUACUCCUAGAAAUGUUCCAACCCCUCCUUAUACUCAGACCUACAGCAAUCUUAAGCAAGGUUCUUCACCAUGUCGUCGCCUGAGGAGCAACUCUCCAAAGAUGGUGUCCAAAAUGUUUCAGGAUAUUCCCCAAAACAACCAUGCUAAGGAAACUGCCAUGUCCAAAAACUAUGAACAGGUUGUAGUCCCUCACAAUGUGACAUUUUCAGCAGAUGAAAUCUACCGUCAGGCCUAUGGAAGCAGGGAAAAUAGUGGUGGGGGUGGCGAUAGUGGAGAAAAUGAGCUGAAGAGAAGUGUGGAAAGUUGGGGGUUACCUCAUCCUGAUGGAAUGACAUCUUUUUGGAACAAUUUUAUGCCUCAGCAGAUGGCAGGUACAUAUUCUCCAGCUUCUAGCUUUAGCAGCUCCAUGUUUCACGGACCUUUUGUACCUGUGGCUGGUGACCAAGCCCAGGUACUCUUACUUGCCCAUGAAUCCAAACCUGAACCAAGUCAGGCCUUUUGUCUUUUCACAGGGAGCAGCUGGCAUGCAAGGUAUACCCAGCCUUGGCCAGAACAUGUAUCCUAUACCAACAGCUGUGCUUGCCACAGUGUCACCAGCUGGUAUAUUCUCACCUGGUGUGUAUCAGCAUCAUGGAAAUCAACCUUUACUGAAUAUGCAAAGCUUGCAUGGUCCAGUUGGGCAGUCCGAGAACUCUGUUCAAAACUCAGUGGGGCCCUGGCAACAUUUGGCACAACCCCAACAGGGACAUGGCAACAUUUUGGACAGAAAGAAUCAGUCUGGGUAGCAAAGGAAAGACAAAGCUCAUCAGAUAGUUGGCUCAGAGACUCCAUUAGAGUUAUAGCACCUCAUCCUCCCCUCAAUGCUCCCAGUAAAGUACAUAACCAAGCUGGAGGAGAGCAUUCAUUUACUGCUGAUCAUACAGCCCUCCAUAUUGAGGCUGUCCGACAGCAUCACCAGCAGAAGCAUGAAUCCAAAGAAAUAGCUGCUACUCAAAAGGGGGCAGCAGCUAGGUCAGAAAACUUACUGGAACACUACUUUUCAUCUUUGGAACAUACCCCUCCAUCACAAACAUCCUCACCCCACCUUACCCAUCGUGAUUAUCAGAAGGAAGAGGUGGAAACAGCAAAACCUGAGCAUGAACCAAAUGAGAAGAAAGAAACAUUAGAUAGAGUGCACCUCAGCAUGGGGCUGCUAAAAGACAAGGAUGAUGAUAGUCUAACAACAGCUACAAGAACAAGUUUAACAAUGGGGACAAGCAUAAAAGCAGAAGGUAUAACCCCACGAAUGGAAGAACUAGGUGUAGACCCCUUGCUUCUAUGCCAGCUUAAGACACAGACAUUAUCUGCUGACCAGGAAAUGCUAAAAAGUCUAAAGCAUAUGGUUCGCCUCUGCCCUGAUUGUUCAUUUGUCAACAAAGAAUACAUGACAUGGUGCCUCCAGUGUGGGGCAGUUUUGAUUGGAGAGGAUCCUGUCCCUGCCAUUAGUCUUAAGAAGAAAUGGAAGCCCAAGAAAGCAGCAAAAAGCAACAAGCCUGUUUCCAACAAAAAAAGUUCAGACAAGACUGCUGACCAUGAGGGCAAGAUGUUCCAGAUAGUGGAUAAGGAGAGAGUGGUGGAAGAAAGCAAAACUAGAAAAGAUAAGGAGACAUGCCUAGAUGCAAUCUUCACUGAGGAUGAGCAUCCAUUUGAAAAUCAAGUUGUGGAGAACAGCAAGCAUGUACACAAUAAGGAGUCCUCAGAGUCAGGCAAUGGCACAUCAGCAUUAAGCUCUACAGAUAAGGAGGUCAUCAAUAGAAAGCGUUCUGAAGAAGGGGAGGGCCAGCAAGACAGCCUUCAGGAAGAGGCAGUGACUGAAAGUAAAAACAGCAGCCAUCCUUCCAGUGGAGAGGGCAGGGGCAUAGAUGAAGGCAUUUCCCAUCCAGCUUCUGAACAUCCAGAGCGUACAGAGAAAGAAAUAAAUGAGAUUUGUGAGGUCAUCAGUGACCCUAUCAUCCGUGGAUUUAUAAAGAGCUAUUUUAAAAAACAGGCGCUUCAAGAUGGGAGCACAGAGAAGAUAAAUUCGGUCCAAAACAUUCCCAGCAAGGGAGAGAAUUCGGAUGAAAAAGAACAUGUUUCUAGACGUAACAAGAUGUCUGAUUCACUUAAUUUAGAUCUUGGACUCAGUCUUAGCAGCACAGCAGAGGGAACGAGGGCAUCCAAACAAGAUAAGGCUCAAGAAGCGAAUAAGAUAAAGAAGUCCCAGAGGAAAAGCAGUAAGAAUGGAAAUGAAGCCAUAGAUGUUGAGAUAUUUGCCAUAGAGGAGGCACGCCUGAGUAAGAGUGCCCGCUGUGGAGCUAAUGUUGUGCCAGCUUUGAAUCUUGGUUGCAGCAGUGAUGAGGAAGAUAUUAAAAUUCCUAAAGCCCCCAACUGUCCUGAUAGCAUUGAUCAGAAGGCCUCAAGGUCUGAGGAUGAUUCUGCCCAGUUGAAGGCUGUAAAUUAUUCUGCAGAAGUCAGAGCACUUUUGACAGUAGACUCUGUUCCUGUAGAUCAGCCUGAUCAAGCUCAAGAAAACAAGACUGGUUCUGGCUCCAUUCCUAGAAAUUUUGCUAACAGUGAAGGCCACCAUGUAAAGUCAGAUCAUAACAGAAAUACCAACAGGCAGCAGCCCCUUAGUAAGAAUGCAAGGCCAAGCUCAGCCAGCAAAAUCCGAUCCUCUAAUGAGACUCCAGCUCAAAGCAGACACUGGGCACGGUCAAGCAUGGCUUGGUCAUCAUACCACCCUCGUGAACUUCGUACAUGGUCCUCCACAAACAUUCACCAAGAUUUCCAUGGUCCCAGAAAGUGGCACAAUUCUGGGAAUGCCAGAGGGAGUUUCAGUGCGGGAGACUUACCCAGCAAUGGGAGAUCUGCAACUCAUUGGCCCAGACAGAAACCACGCCCAUCGAGUGCUGAUCAAAAUCCUAGAAGUGCUCGAGGAAGACAGUCCAGCUCAGCUCAGGGCUCUGGAUCAAAUGGUAGCCAUUUUGGAUUCCCCGUUCAGUCUCUUCAGCACAGAGAACAGCAGAGUGAAGCAGGAGACCAAACACCUCGGGGCACAGAUUCUCAGCAUAGUUCUAACAAUAGCUGCACUGUACUUUCUCCACGUUUCCCAGAAACCAUAGAGCAUCGCCUGCCCAUACAGGGGAAUACAUUACCUUUAAUCCCUGCUGGGCCAACAACAGCCCUGCAAAUAUAUGACCGAUGCAUUGAGUUGACACCUCGUACACAUGACCAUGACAUGUCAAAGUGGCUGCUCCUACCUGAUGAAAUGUGGCUGCAUGUUUUUUCAUACCUGCCACAGAAGGAUCUGGCAAAGGCAGCCUGUGUGUGCAAACAGUUGUACCGUGUGGCUAUGGAUGAGACAUUGUGGAAACACCUGACUGUGAAGAAGUCCGAACUAUGUGAUGAGUGGCUGGCACAAAUUGCUCAUCGCCACCCGGUGUCUUUGGCGUUGGUCCAUUGUCAUGGAAACAAGGUUUCAUCUGAGGCCUUGCGAGAUCUCUUCAGAGAAGUGGCACCAUACCUUCAGGAGCUGAACUUCAGCCGCUGUAGCAAGGGUUUGCUGACAGGUGACAAUAUUCUGCUUCAUGCCUCUACUAAAUGUCGCAGUCUCACACAUGUGGAUGCCAGCUGGUGUCAUGUCACUGACAGUGGACUGUCGGCAUUAGCUGAGUGCAGUCACAGAUUGGAAUCUUUGUGUCUUAACGGUUGCCAGAUGAUCACAGACAGAGGACUGGAAUCUGUUGUUACAAAACAUGGCCAGAGCCUGCGAGUGCUAGAGCUGUUUGGCUGCUUUGGUCUGACUGAACCUGGCUUCCUCAGUCUGGGAACACACUGUGGCUCCCUCCUGACCCUCAAUAUUGGACAGUGUCAUAAGGUAACAGACUCCUGCAUGACCAUUUUGUCAGCAAGCCUUGGAAAUCUAGAGAGUCUGGAUUUACGGGGAUGCAAGCAUAUUAAAGACAGCUGCAUUCGCAAAAUUGUGCGCAACUGUCCACGGCUGAAAGUACUGACUCUUGCCAAUUGCCCUUCUAUCUCUGAUGCUGCUAUCAAAGAAAUAGCCACUUAUUCUGCUGAUAUCAGAGUUCUUGAUGUGUGUGGAUGUCAGAAAGUCACAGAUGUGAGCACCCGCACUUUGGCAAACAACUGCAGACGUUUGAUGGAACUGGAUAUUAGCUCCACCAGCUGUACAGAUAAAAGUGUCCUGCUGCUGGCUGACUUAUGUCGCUGGCUAGAGAGAGCCAAGUUGAGCUUCUUGCCAGACAUCACUGAUCACUGUGUACACAAGCUCAUCAAGAACUGCACAAGGCUGAAAACAAUUCACUUGUUUGGCUGCAAUAAAGUCAAUGUGGCCAAACUGAGGACUUUAAACCGGUUUAUAAAGAUAGAAAACUGAAACCAUUUCCACUAACUCCAUGGCGUGUCUUUCUGAGAGCUUCUGAAUGGACUAUUCCUCAAGUCAGCUUUUUUUUUUUUUUUUUAAGGCAUCAAGGAAGUGCAAGAUUAUGCUUCUUAAUGUCUUCCAUUUGUUAAGCUGCAGGUUAGGGCUAUGUAUGCUCUCUACUGUGAUACAAUUUUUUUCUUUUUUUUAGAAUGUGUCUCUUAUCAUUUGCUUAUAUUUCAAUUUUUUUUUUCUUUUUUGAUUCGGAUGAUCAUUACUUCUUAGAUUAUGUUGACAGACUUACCCUUUCUGAAAGAUCUCAAGACAAUAUAACUCAUGAUGGUCAAAUUAUGUUGAGAUUAAUGUGUUCACAAGGUACGAAAUCUGUAAUGAGGCAUUAUCCUUAUAUUGCUGGAAAGCAAAUGAGAUUAUAUGUACAUGUGAUCAUUCACUUGUGGAAGUGGUUCUGUCUGGAAUCUUGUCAGAGGUAGAUAUAUUGCAAAAUGUGUUGGAUGCUCUUGUCUCGCAAUCCUAUUCACAUGCUCUCUAGUGGACUUUUUUCUACUUAUCAGCAAGUCAUUUUUAUUUUCCCUUGCUGAUUCCAGUCCCGUGAUCUUGCUUAAUGAAUUAAAAUGAGUCUUUAGCUCACUGUGUUUUGUUCAUGCUCGUGAGUGUAGAAGAAUGGAUGCUUAAACAUGAUCUUAAUAUCUCUGCUUUAGAAAAAUCCAGAGAUACACUUUACAAUUAAUCGUAAUAUUAGCAUUAGGAUUAACCAAAAUUAAACUGUGUGCACCCUAUGACCAACAAACACCUCCCACAUCUGGACGGUUUUAGUCUACAUGGUGUUGAAUAUUAAAUGACCUUUCACUUGGCAGAAACCCACUAAAUAUGGAUGUGAACAGAUUUUAGGGACAAAAUUAUUUAUGGGCAGACAGGUUUUGUAACAAUGUCACCUAUUUUCAAAGUCAAACAGUGCAAUACAGUUGACUUACAUGGUGUAGUCUGGGAAUUUUUGUUGGUUUUAGGAAACUUAAAUUUGUUGUGUCAGUUCACAGUGACUGUUACUGAAAUUAAGUAGAAAGUGUAAUCAUUUUUGUGGAACUGUUUUCUGAUUGAUGGUAGAUAUGGUUCUGGUGAAGAUACUUUUACUGCUUGUUGUUAAUUUGUGGCUAAAAACAGUUCAGCACAGUCAACCACAACGGGAUCCCUUAGCAGGCAUUUUAAUGUACAGUUGCAUGUCCUUUAUAAUGCAUUCUAUGGGAAUUCCAAUGUUCAAAGCUUUGUAUCUUGCAAAUAAAACAAACUCUAUCA